GUGGGUGUGGCUCAUGCUGCUUCUGCACCAGGUCACGAGGAACGUGUUAAGGAAGCAAAAGCGAAGGUUGAUGAGACUUUGAGACUGAAAGCGGAGUGCGACAAAGUCACCAAGGCUGCUGAAGAUGCCGCGUAUGCAGCUCAAGGAUUUGCUGUUGCCACUGAGAAUGCACUCGAAACAAUUGCUGCUGACCCAGAAAAGGUGGAGAAAACGAAGAGUGAAGGUCGUAAAUUCAUUGAAAAUACAACGCAGGCUGCAGAGAGAGCAAAAGAAGUGGCCGACCAAACUACAGACAGUGCAAGGAAAGUUGACGACAUAAGCAUUUAUUUUGUUGGACAAGCGGAGGAACAAAUGAGGGCAGAGGAAGCAGCAAAAGAUGCAGAAAACGCGGCACGUGCUGCUAACACUGCUAUCGAAAAUGCGGAAACUCAUGCUAAACGUGUGGACGAGGCCAUUAAGAAACUCGACGCCGCAGUUGCUGCUGCAGCUGAAAAGGAGAAGGAAAAACAGGUGGAGCCUCAGCCACAGGAACAGACAAAUGAAACAUCUCUUGGUGAGCAGCAAGGCCAUACAGAAGGAAAUAAGACGGAGCAAACACAAAAAGAGAAACAAAGACAGCACUACCGUUCUACUUUUACUAUUAAUAUCCACGGAGAUAAUCUCGAUGCCUUACUCAAUGGUGGAGCGAAUAACAGUGGUAUGGCAUUA